AUGCUGGCGGCGCACCCGGAGUGGCAGGCGGCGGUGCGGGAGGAGGUGGUGGAGGCGGCCGGGCGGUCGGGCCUCCUCGACGCGGCGGCGCUGGGGAAGCUGACGAAGAUGGGGUGCGUGCUGAACGAGGUGCUCCGGCUGUACCAGCCGUCGCCGAACGUGCAAAGGCAGGCGCUGCAGGACGUGCUUAUCAAUUGCCAGAACAACAAGAAGUUACUAGGUCGUGUGAGGGCAUUUGAUAGCCAUUGCAACAUGGUUCUUGAGAAUGUCAGGGAGAUGUGGACCGAGGUACCAAAGACUGGUAAAGGCAAGAAGAAGGCUCUUCCAGUGAACAAGGACAGGUUCAUCAGCAAGAUGUUCCUACGUGGGGACUCGGUCAUCAUUGUGCUCAAAAACCCGAAAUGA